AUGCCCUUCCCAAGCAGCAUCACCACUUUCCUCACUCGAGGCAGUCCCCCAAGAGACAGUCAUGAGCACAUCCUGUUCGCAGACCAGCUGACCGAAGAACUACCCAGACUCGAGUCCUCCAUCCGCAAUGCUUUGGCUGAGAACAACCACGACCGUAUCGCCAAGAUCGUACACCAGCUCUGUCACGACUAUGCAUAUGCUGUACACCAACCGCACGCUCGCAAUGGCGGCCUCAUUGGACUGGCUGCCGCAGCGAUAGCAUUGGGAGCUGAAGUCGCACGCUACCUCCGCGCCAUCGUCCCCCCAGUCCUUGCCUGCUUCAGCGAUCAAGAUGCCCGAGUUCGAUAUUAUGCCUGCGAGAGCAUGUACAAUAUCGCCAAAGUCGCUAAGGGCGAAAUCUUGGUUUACUUCAACGAUGUGUUUGACGCUUUGUGCAAGCUUGCCGCCGACACGGAGUUGAGUGUGAAGAAUGGUGCAGAAUUAUUGGAUCGGUUAGUCAAAGAUAUCGUCAGCGAGAGCGCCGCGACAUAUGCCAGCAUAUUGAUCACGAAUGAAGAGGUCGUGGGAAGCGAGAAUGGUGAAAGGGAAGAGGGUGCGGGAAAUGGAGAGGUGCAGACGGCUUUCAGUCUGCCGCGAUUCAUACCGCUGCUGCAAGAACGAAUACAUGUGCUGAACCCGUUUACGAGGACGUUCUUGGUCUCCUGGAUUACCCUGUUGGACUCGAUACCGGACUUGGAGCUUGUGGCAUAUCUGCCUAGCUUUCUCGGCGGGCUGCUGCGAUUUCUGUCCGAUCCAAAUCAGGACGUUCACACGACGACGAAGGUGGCACUCGAUAGAUUCUUGACAGAGAUAAAGAAGAUAUCUGCAGUAAAGAAAGGCAUCGCGGAGAGCAGGCGGAGCAAAGAGCUGAUACGGAAGGCUAGCAAUGGUACACAGUCGAGUGACGUUGUGUUGGACAGUCCGAGGAGCGCCACAGCGCAGGGCGAUGUUACACAGGAACAGCAGCAGCAGGCCGAAGAGAAACCGACACUUACCACCCUUCAUGAUGUCGCGCCGGCACAUCGGGAUAAUGCAAUCGACGAAGCACAAAGCGAAUCCUCGUUGAGUGCAGGUGACGACGAGGAUGAGAAGAAUGGUACGGCUGGCUUUGAGGAUGAAUGGAUUCCUGGUCAGGACGUUCAGAUUGACUACCAACGGAUACUGGACAUUCUCGUCACUUUCUUGUCAGAAUCCAACGAGGAAGAGAUUCAAGUGACCACAUUAAAGUGGAUCGAGAGCUUCCUGGAUAUCUGCCCUGAGGACAUCCUGGUCUUCACACCUAGGCUGCUCGCUCAGGUGCUGCCAGCUCUAAGCCACGACGUUGACCUGGUCAAGCAGGCUGCGAGCAGAGUUAACACCGCUCUCAUGAGCUAUAUCAUGUCUCUGCCAGAGGAACCCGCCAAGACUAAUACCACCACCGAGCUUCCGCAACAGAACCCUCCAGCAUCUACACAACAGCCAGGCGCAUCUGCUCCUACAAUACCUGCUCUCCGCGCUCUGCGAGAAACCAAUGGCGCCGAUCGGCAGUCUACGACGUCUCUACCUUCACGAAUACAGCAACCUCGCAAGCCCACCAGCCCGGAGCCUAUCUCGCCAUCGAUGCGAACGCCCUCGGUCAAGACACCAGAACCCCCACCUCUCGAAGAGACCACCUCAGAAGUGAUUGCUGCCCACACCGACCUCGACUACGAAGCGGCCGUCAACGCUCUCACGCUCCAAUUCCUCCACGAGCACGAAGCUACCCGCGUCGCAGCUCUUGCCUGGCUAAUAAUGCUGCACCGCAAGUCCCCCAGACGAAUACUUGCCAUCCAGGACGCAACGUUCCCAGCUCUCCUCAAAACGCUGUCCGACCCUGCGGAAGCAGUGGUAACACGCGACCUCCUCCUCCUCUCCCAGAUCAGCAAAAGCAGCGACGACAGCUACUUCUCAUCCUUUAUGGUCAAUCUUCUCAAACUCUUCGCCACCGACCGCCGGCUCCUUGAAACCCGAGGCAACCUCAUCAUCCGCCAGCUCUGCCUCAGCCUCAGCGCCGAAAAGAUCUACCGCACGAUGGCCGACUGCCUCGAGCGCGAAGAAGGCUCCGACAUCGAUUUCGCCAGCAUCAUGGUGCAGAACCUCAACAACAACCUCAUCACCGCCCCCGAACUAGCAGAUCUGCGAAAACGCUUACGAAACCUCGACUCCCGCGACGGACAGACUUUCUUCACCGUCCUCUUCAAAGCCUGGUGCGUCAACGCCGUCGCCACCUUCUCCCUUUGCCUGCUCGCGCAAGCCUACGAGCAGGCGUACCACCUUCUCCAAAUCUUCGCCGAGAUGGAGAUGACAGUCAACGUCCUCAUCCAAAUCGACAAGCUCGUCCAACUCCUCGAGAGCCCGGUCUUCACUUACCUCCGCAUGCAACUGCUCGAACCUGAACGCUUCCCGCAUCUCUAUAAAUGCCUUUACGGUUUGCUGAUGCUGUUGCCGCAAUCCUCCGCUUUCGCCGCGCUGAAGAAUCGGCUGAAUAGCGUGAGUGCGAUUGGGUACCUGCACAUCGCUCCUUCGCUCCGUGGCGGCGGUGCAGCAGGCGGUGGAGUCGGCGCUGGGUCGGGGGCGACUGGGUCCGCUGUCUCGACCUUCGAACGCCAGAACCGCUUGAAGAGCCGCGAGGAUGGCGGGAUCAAAUGGGCCGAACUGCUGGAGAAAUUUAAAGCUACGCAGGAGAGAGUCCGACGAGCGCAGCAGAGGCAGCUUGGCGGUGCGCAGGCGGAGGAGGAGGAGAGCUCGCCAAGGGUGGAGAAGGCGGGUGUGAGGGGGGAGAGGCCGCAGAGCGCGUUGAGUUUUGCUAGUACGGGCAGACCUUCGCAAGGGGGUGGGGUCGGUCAGGGGAAAGAGGAGGGGAAGGGGCAUUUGAGGCAGAAGAGCAGUGGGUUGCGAAGCAGGUUCUCGAAGAAGGGGUAG